CACUCACAGCACAGAGGAACACCAGAAGGUAGCGACGGCCUGCUGCUGCCACCACCACGACAUUUCACGACACGACUGCCCACAAAAUCAUCAAUAUCUCGCGACCUCCAUCUACCUCGUUGCCGCCUCCAUGCAGACGGCAAUUCUAUUAUCGUCCUAGUCCCUUCACAUGUCGCUCGAACUCGUACGAACUCACUAUGCGAGUGCUCAAGAGGAAGACCUUCAUGCGACCGAGGCCAGUCUCGCCCAGCAUUUAAGGGCUCUUUGGGAGGUCACCCGGCUAGUGAAGGACUCUGUUAGAGGGGGUUCCAGGCUGCCCGAACUCAACUACAGCGCGCCGUUGUCCCCAGAUGGGGUGCGCUUCAUCGAUAACAAUCUCAUAGCAAGAGGUCACUCUUUCGAUGAAGCUAGCCUUCUCUCACCUUUUGACGAUGUCGCACCGCAGCCCACUCAACCAAUUCAGCAGUCUUCUUUGCGGCCUCCUUCUCCAUUACGGUCUCGAUCACCGCUAUCUCCAAUAUCCAAUCCUUCUCGCGGCCUCUCUUCUCAGGACCGUAUCUCUCCAGCACCAGCGCUGUUGAAGCAUGAGGCAGGUGCGACGUCAAACAAGGCUGUCGCAGCUACUCCAACCCCCCCGCGGUCUCCAAAGUCUACUCCUGCUGUGGAUGAAUCUUCUGAAGAUCCUUCGAUAGUACCAUCUCAUAAGAUUCUGACUGAGCCCUCAGCACGAACCUUCGAAUCGAAUGUCGUACGGAACAUUCCAUCACCUGAUGCGCGAAAGCCUAUGACGACACUUCCUGGUCCAAGUGAAAGGACCUCAAAGGUUCUCCAUCUACCGCCGAAGGAGCAGCAGGAACAGCACAUUCGAGAGGUAGAACGUGCGCAACACGCACAACGGCCAAGAGAGAGGAAAGAGGAUGAGCAAGGCCUGGGAUAUUCCAUGAGCUCUGCACCAGCUGAUGUCUUAUCUUCACCUUCCUCAACUGCCGGAGCCUAUUCCAACUCUACUCCAAAACCUCCCCAGCAUUCGCCUGACACGAGUCCGGAUGCCGACUAUUCCCCCCAAGAGCGCGAACCACUACGCAAGGCCAGCCUUGAUCAACUGGCCAAACAGGGAGAUGAUGAUGAUGAUGAUGAUGCGGUAGGAGCCACUCCCGAUGCCCAGCUACGUCAUGAGGAGGAGCAGGCAGCUGUAGCCACACAAUCGUCAUUGUCAGACUUCGCCUCAGCACGGGAUAGAGCAUCACUCGAUGCAGGCUUUGCAAAGUCACAGCUUGACCUACAGACACCCCGUCAGCCGAAUAGAUCUAGACGUUCCGAUAAUCUUGAUAUCGACAUGAACGAUGCACCUUCCUCUACAUCCACUCCGAUGCAACCUCCAAGCGUUGAGGCUACGCAACGUCGGACGACCCGUGUUGCCUCAGGCGCCAUGCGGCAGAAGUCUGUGUCUGAGAUUCUAGGGGAGUCUCCGAAGGUUUCAACGUCAGGCGACGCACUGAUUCGUCGAGGGUCCUUCGCUUCUGGUGAUGAACGGGAGAAGUCGAAGCACUCAAUGGUUGUCUUUUCCAAAUGCGACCAGUCCAUAUCACCACUUAGGAACAGUCGCCUUGAGCCCGACGGAUACCUCGCUCUUCGUGGCGCUCAAGACGAUGUUGAAAAGGACUAUCUCAGACCCCUUUUUUUACACCAGGCUUACCAACCCCCACGUGCAUCCACAUUAUCCGACCUCAUCCAGUCAGCGCACAAAACUCUGACCACAAUGAAUAUGUAUGCCAACAUUCGUGAAGGCUUUGAUUACCGGAUUCUGCGACGAAUAUAUCAUCUUCAGAAUGCUAAUAAGUGGGCAUUUCGUCAAAUGGCUAAGUUUCCUGAUCCAGAGCCUCCUACUACGCACAUGGACCACCUGCUUGCUGAGAUGAAAUGGAUGCGGACGGAUUUUAGAGAAGAACGGAAGUGGAAGCAAGCCGCUGCUCGUCGGUUGGCCAAAAUAUGUGCGGUGUAUGUCCACAGCGACGAGGACGCGAGGUCGAAAAUGCGCGUUAAGGUACGAAUACCACCUCGUGGGCAUAAUCACGACACCAUGGAGGGCGUCGAGGAACCUCCAGAGCUCGACCAUUCCGGUUCGACAGAUUCUGGAGACUCUCUUCCAGACGAAGACGUUAUUCCCUUCCCAGCAUUCUCGACUAUCGCCCCUACUGCUCUCUUCAGCCUUGAAUAUGAUGAUAUCGUUUUCGAGAUGGACGACACACCUGCAUCUGAAGGCAUUUUGCAGGAAUUGCCCAUGUAUGAGAACAAGCCUCUGGAACCAUCGCCACUCGGAAGCACGAGAAACUCACUCAUUCCCGUCUCCAAAUAUACGACCGGCAAGCUUGUCCCCAAACCACCACCUGUCAUUCGAAAGCGCAGCCGUUAUGAAUACGAGUCUGAAGAUGAUGAGCCUGUGUCUAGGCCGACAUCAUCAAAGCGACGAGCGUCCGAGGUUUCAAUGUUCUUGUCACCCGCUCGUCGCUCUCCAAAGCGGAGAGAGAUUUCUCCUGAGGCUAACGACGUUGCUCUCUUCGAUCCAAUUAACCGGCAUAUACGCGACCGCUUGCACGCCAAUCAUGCCUUCCGGCCUCCAUCAGAGUUCCCCAUGCCUUCUACUAGCUUCUUUGAAUGGAGGCAGAAUUCACAGUGGACAUGGGAUGAGGACCAGAAGCUGCGCUUAGCAGUCAAGAAAUUCUCGUACAACUGGUCCCUCAUAGCUAUGGAUCUGCAGCUUUUCAGUCAGCCUUCACUGUUUGUUGCAGCACAGGAAAGACGGACACCAUGGGAGUGCUUCGAACGAUGGGAACAACUUGAAGGCCUGCCUAAUGACAUGGAUAAGACCGCGUACUUCCGUACGUACAGAUCGAGGAUCCAGGCUGCGAAUCGUAAUGUAGAGGGACGCGCUCAAGCUGCACAACAGUUGGCUGCUCAAAAUGGCAACACACUUUCUGUUCGGCGUAGAACUGAUACGAAUCCUUUCAGGGUGCAGAGACGGAAGGAUGACAGGCAUAUGAUGAUGAUAAGCGCCAUCACAAAACUGCAGCGCAAGAGAGAGACUGCUUUACAUCGCCAACAGGAGUCUGCAAAGGCUGCAGCCCUGCGCAAGCAACACAAUGAGGCUAAUCAUGCCAAGACCACCGGCAUUCACACACCGCAAGAGUUCAGUCGCAUGAAACAUGAACGUGAAGUCAAGAUGCAAGAGCGUCAGGAAGCGUAUCGGCAGCAGUUGUUAGCACAACAGCAAGCAAAAGUGCAAGCAAUGCAGCGUCAGAUGCAGAGCCACGGUCAGGGCAUGCCGAAUGGCGCGAACCCACAACAGCGAACUGCGUCCAGCGGAUCUCAAGGUGGGCCUAGUCCUCAAUCACCGAUGACAAAUGGUCAGCCCCAACAGAAUGGUGUCAUGCAGCCAAGGUCUACAUCCCAGAACAUGAUCCAAAACGGGUUCAAUCAAGGCGUGCCAAAUGGUAUGAGUGUGCAACUGCCCAACGGACAGAUGCAAGGAAUGAACAAUCAACAGAGGAUGAGUGUUCAGAACCAGCAAGACUUGCGUAUCUUGAUGGCUCAGCAAAGGGCAUAUGGCAUUCAAAAUCAUGGCAGUCAGGCCAAUAAUCUCGCUGCUGCGCAUCUAGGGCAGGUACAAAAUCCUCAGAUGCUCGCAGCCCUUGCUGUACAGCAAAACCGUCAAAAUGGUCAAAACGGUACUAAUGGUCUUAACACAUCUCCACGCGGACAGAAUGCCAUAGCACAGCAUCCACAACAGCUUUCGAGCGGCUACCAGCCUGCGUUGCUCUAUCAUCAGCAGCAAGUUGCUGCUCAAUUCCCCCACUUCACUCCUGAACAAGUCCACAAACUCGCCAAUGAACGUCUCAAGGGACAAAUGCAGCGCAUGCAAGCCAAUGCUCUUAGUGCAGCUUCUGGAUCAUCAGCUCCUCCAGGCAUGAAUAGUAACAUGAUGAUAGCUGCCCAAGCUAAUAUGGUCAAUGGGCAGUUCGGUCAUGUUUCAAACACCAUGGCUGGUGGCAGUCAAUCUCCGACCCAAUACGCGGCUGCAUUGCAGCGAAACAUGCAGCAUCAAGCCGCCGCUACUGCUCGCAUGGGCAGUGGUAGUCCUGCCAUGAGUAAUGCACAUCCUGUCAGCAGGAGUGCGACCCCUCAGAACCCACAGAUGCAGCAAGGCAUGGCGAUCCAGAGACCCAGUAGUGUUGGUAUGGCCAGCAUGGGAGAUGAUGGGAGUCCCAGGUUGAUGUGAGGAAUUCCUGCUCAUGGCUUGGAAAGGAGAAAUAAAUUCGAUGUAGAUACUUGUAUAUCUCAUAUGCUGCUAAGAGGGCAGCUUCUCCAUUUUACAGCACAAGCCAAACAUUAGUAUCCGUGCCAAUCAUCUUUACCACGC